AAAACAGUUUGUUGACUGGGCGAUGUGUCACGCGACAGUACUGUGACACUGUUGUUUUUUUUAUGUUGACUUCUAGUUCUCCUUUGUACAAAGUAUUGAUUUAAGGCGAGACAAAGUAAACAUUUGAGCGGUAAACAUUAUCUAGUUUAAUGGAAUCAAUCGAAGAACACAGGGACGUGUUUAAAUAAUUAAAGGUUUGAACUCUUACUAAUCAAGAAGCAACCUAAGCCAGUGUGUUGGUUGAGGAUGGCUAACAACAGGGAUGCCGGUGAGAGCACCCCACUUUUGGACUCAAGUUCUGGGGACAGUCCUCCACCACCAUCAAUUUUCCAGGGAAGAAGACUAGCAUGUGCUGCCAUCCUGCUGGCUGAAUCAUUGGAAAGGAUUGCAUUCUAUGGCAUCACGUCCAAUCUUGUCCUGUUUCUCAACAGUAGCCCCUUUUAUUGGGAGGGCACACAAGCAAGCCAGGCACCUCUCAUGUUCAUGGGAGUCACUUACCUGAUCUCACCAUUUGGAGGCUGGUUGGCCGAUGCAUACCUUGGGAAAUUCUGGACAAUUGCUUCAAGUUUGAUCCUAUAUUUUCUUGGCAUGCUAUUUUUCCCUUUCAUUUCUAAUGAUGACACCAGGACCAGACUAUGUGGUGAAGAGGUCGCGUUUCCUGUGCAACCUGCUGAGUGUCUGAGUACCAACAGUACCCCUCCAAGCAAUGUCACUUGCCCCAUUCGGGCACCAUAUUGUGGCCCAGUAGUCUACAGUGGACUGUUUUUAAUCGCAUUAGGUGUGGGUACUGUGAAGUCCAACAUCACUCCGUUUGGGGCAGAUCAGGUCAAAGACAGAGGACCGGAGGCCACACGCAGAUUCUUCAACUGGUUUUAUUGGUGCAUCAACUUAGGAGCCAUCCUGUCACUGGGAGGCGUGGCCUACAUCCAGCAAAACAUCAGCUUUGAGCUUGGCUACAUCAUUCCCACCGUGUGCCUUGGGGUUUCCUUCCUGGUCUUUCUCCUGGGCCGAACUGUCUUCAUAACCAAACCUGCUGAUGGCAGUGCCUUCACAGAUAUGUUUAAGAUUCUGAGCUUCGCUUGCUGUUCCAAAAAACCCAAGGAGCCUAAUCUGCUCCGCAACAAACCAACACUAUUAGAUGGUGCCAAAGUGACCUAUGGAGGGAAAUUUCCAGAAGAGAAAGUAGAUGAAUUGAAAGCCCUGGUGAAAAUCCUCCCUGUUUUCCUAGCCCUUAUCCCAUACUGGACUGUGUACUUCCAGAUGCAGACAACGUACAUCCUGCAGAGCCUCCAUCUGAAGAUUCCUGAUACUGCCUCGAACAGCACUGCUGACUCCCACCAGAUGACGUUCCGCUUCCCGGCAGCUUGGCUCACCAUGUUUGACGCAGUGCUCAUCCUUAUGCUGAUUCCCCUUAAGGACAAAGUGGUGGACCCCAUCCUGAAACGCCGCGGCCUGCUGCCCUCCUCUCUGAAGAGGAUUGCAGUGGGGAUGUUCUUUGUUAUGUGGUCGGCUGUGGCAGCGGGUAUUUUGGAGACCAAACGCCUGGAGAUUGUCAAAUCAAAUGGUACUAUUGACCAGGUGCUUGGCAACGUUGUCUACUACGCAGCAGAUUUACCCAUAUGGUGGCAAGUGCCUCAAUACGUGCUGAUAGGAAUCAGUGAAAUCUUUGCCAGCAUUGCAGGUCUGGAGUUUGCCUAUUCUGCUGCCCCCAAGUCCAUGCAGAGUGCCAUUAUGGGGCUCUUCUUCUUUUUCUCUGGGAUUGGCUCCUUUGUGGGCUCUGGUUUGUUGGCUAUUGUGUCCAUCAAGGAGAUUGGCUGGAUGUCAUCACACAGAGACUUUGGUAAUAUCAAUGACUGCUCUCUGCACUACUACUUCUUUCUUCUGGCGGGGAUCCAGGGCGUCACCUUGCUGGUCUUCCUCAUUGUUUCUGUCAAAUAUGACAAACAGAGGGCCAGAGCAGGAAGCCAACGGCAGAGACACAUCUCCUCUUGACCCCAACAACAAGCCCCAUAGUGUAUCCCUCUCACCGUACCUGCCUUUCCCGGUCAAAUCACACAGUGCCCAAAGAGCCUGUCGAAUAGGUACUUACUAAUCAAAUCCUACGACGUCACCACUGUAAAACGUUUUACAUUUAAAUAUAUGUUUCUUAUUUAAGUUUGUUUUAGCUUGUAAUCAGGGAUUCUUUAUCCUCUUUUUUUAUAACAAUAAUGGUUUUACAUCACUGCUGGAUGUACAGGUACCACUGAAAAUAUAGAGAUUAAUACAGGAGUUAUGUUUUUAAUUCAUUUCUACUGUACUCUGUUACUCCUGUGUGUUUACUCCUAUUACCUUUCUUUGAUCAUUUGCACUUGACUUGAGGAGUGGUGCCAUAAAAAAUACAAUAUCUAGAUAUUUCUAGUCUUGUUUAGUUGUUUUUAAAGUGAGAUUUUUACUUUUGUUUUCUAGCAAUGUCUUAUUUUUGCAGGAACUUUUAUGCUAACCACUUUUCUUGCUGACCUUAGUAUGACAAAUGAUCACUAUUUAGUCAAAUUAUUUACAGUAUUUCUGGACAUUCAUCCACAGCCUGACAUUGGGGUGUUCUAUGCAUUAAGUGUACUUGAAUGUUAGCGUUAUUCUUUAUUUAUGUUUAUCCUCUUUGGGCUGCGGGAGAGCUUCAAAUACCUAUGCAGCAACAUCCAAGUUGUGAACAAAUUGAAUGGGAAAUUAAUACAGAGGGUAAUUUUAUGUUUAUGUGUUGGUGCAGAUUCCCAGAGGUGAUUGCUGUUAUUGUUGAGACAGAAUUGGGCUUUUUUUGUUUGUGGAGAUUCCAAACGAACACACUGCAAUUUAUAUUCAACUAAUCAGAUCUAAUAUUCAAAUCUAAUAUUUGGAGAAAAAUAAGUAUCCCACGUUUGUUUCCACUGCCUGUGAUUGCAUAUUGUAAAUCCACAUAAAUCCACCCAGUAAAUCCAGUAUAAAUCCACAGACAGCACCAUACAUGAAUAAUGAUAACUCCUCAUGUUAAAAAUACUCCAUGACUCCUUUGAAGCUUCAGAGCAGUUUUUUUUUUUUUUUUGGUCAAGCUGCAAAGCUGCAAGUCAGUGUGACACAACUAAUUAGAACCUAACCUUAAGCUUAAUAGGAAACCUUGAGUGUAGCUCUUAAAAUAUCUGUGGCAUUAGUGCUUGGAUCGUGAUAAAAAAUAGUUUUUGACUUGAUAAAAUGACAAGAAUGAAAAAUGUAACUCAUUCACAUUUACAUCUUUAGCUUUAAAUUUAGCCAUAAUCGCAGUAUUUCUUGUCAGGAACUUUUUGCAGUGUUGUUAUGGUUUUGAAGCUUUGCCAGAAAAUCUUAAAAAAUAAGCAUCUGUUUUGUUGUUGUAUUUAUUAGACUGUGAUACAUUUGUUUUAACUUUAUAUUUUUAAGAAGAAAGAUACUGCCUGUGUGUGUGAUUCUUCAAGCCUCCAAAUAAGGUACAGCACAAGCUACAAAAUGGUAUUAAAACAAGAAAACUCUCAGGGCUCGAGGAAUAGUGUCAAGUGUAACUCUCCAGGAAAAGUAAAAAACUGCCUUUGGGAACUCAGAUCAGUGUUUACCCUGUGGUGUAAAUGAAGGUACAUUUGUUGUCAUAAUACAUAAAAACCAGAAGCUAUCUUGCUGACAGUAUGGGAUGGUUGAUUUUAGUUUGUGUUUAAUUGUUUGGAUAAAUGGAUAUUCCUUGUUUUAUUGCAUAUUUUAUAUACACUUGCUGUGUCAUCUCAGUCCUCUUACAAAGAUUUGUUAAAGGGGACCUAUUAUGCCUUUCCUUAUUUUCUGUCAUAUACAGUGUUACAAUGUUGGAUGUUCAUAUUAAACUGGUGAAAGUGUCAAACGUA